AGGUUAUCGAACAUAACCUAAAUAAACAAACCCGUAAUUGUGUCACAUACGUCAAACAAAUCACAGAACAUAUUUUUUAAAAUUAAAAUGCUUUUUGAAAUAUAAAUGCCCAUAAGUAGUAGCGCAGCUACAAUUGAAAAGAAGAAAUCCCUUAGAAUACAGACUCAUUUCAAAGCAGGAGAUCAUCAUGAGGAGAAAAAUUUGUUGAAAAUACAACCAGCCCUUCCUAAUAGGCCGAGGAGAAGUUUUAUUAGGUCCCAUAGCACAUUAAAUGCCUCGAGUGUAUCCAAAGUCAAUGAAUCCUUCAAUUUGUGUGACCCUGUUACAUUACAAACAUUCGCUGAUGGAGUUGUACAUGUUUCACGUUCCCAAGCAGAAAAAGAGAAACAUAGUGAUAGGAUUAGUUUAGACCGACGUGGACUGAUCAGCUUCCCCAUAAUUGAUGGGGAACAUAGGUUAAGAUUAUUAUCAUUGCAGCACAACUUAGUCAAUAAUUUAGAUGGUUUGAUAGAACAAAAAUUUCCGUUUUUAGUGUUUCUAGAUGUAUAUGAUAAUCAAUUGGAACAAAUCAGUGGAUUGACUAAUUUAGAAAAUAUCAGGGUACUAUUAAUGGGUAAAAAUCGAAUAAGAAAAAUUGAGGGAUUGGAGAGUCUAAAGAAGUUAGAGGUGCUGGACUUACAUGGGAAUCAGAUAGCUCAUAUAAACGGUUUAGGUUCUCUUUCUGAAUUAAAAGUGUUGAAUUUAGCAGGCAAUCAGAUUCGUAAUGUUGGUGCUACAGACUUUCAGGGACUGAGUUCUUUACAGGAACUAAAUCUAAGGAGAAACAGAUGUAAGAAACUUCUAGGUUUUGGAGACACACCUAGUUUAUCAAAAUUGUUUCUAAGCAACAACGAUUUGCAAAACGUGGAAGAUAUUAGUAGCAUAGCUAAAUCUUCCAAUAUAAAAGAAAUAUCCAUUGACAAUAAUCCAGUAUUUUUAAAUAGUGAAUGUAUUUCAUUCCUUGUGUCUUAUUUGCCUUUAUUGGUGAAAAUUAACACAAUGCAAAUUACUGAUCAAGUGCGCAAAUCGGCAAUGGCGUGGCGCAGGAAUAAGGAGCUUACCAAUUCAGCCUUCAUGGAUUUGACAAGCGAUGUUUGUUUAAAUGUUCGUCGAGAAGAGGUUAUAUCCAACGCUAGAACAAACUGGGAAUUACUUCGUUCUCAAACGAAAUGUCUGACAAAUAAUGCCAGUGCCAUUGACAAGACAGUGAAAAAUCUAAAACCAGACUCAGACAUAAUAUUGACUUCCCUGUCUAAAUUAACAAUUAAAUCCACAAUUCGCUCGAAACUUCUCUCAGAUCAUCAAACUAAAGUACCAGCGCUCCCUGAUAAAAAGCUUCAUUUUGCAAGAACAUCAUCCCAAGACACUGAAAAUUCUCAAAACACUUCUUCUUCCAAUACUUCUAAUGAAUUUUUCAAAUUACCUCCCAUAUUAGUACCGAUUAUUAAUAAGAUGGAGGAGAAGAAUGAAGCUGGAGUAAGAAAAUGCAGCAGUGUGUCCAGUAUUGGUCCCAACGUCGACAGUUCCGAAAGUUCUUUGGCCAGUAGCGACACUGAAGAAGAACCAGAUUGCACUUCAAGCUCUUCUAGCAGUAGUGUUUCCAGCAGCAAAAGCAGUAGUAUUAGCAAUGAACCUCCACCAGUAGAGGAAGUUGGAGAACAGCUGAAUUCUGAUGACAAAGUGUUGGCGCCAGAAGAACAUGUUCCAAAACCUGUGGAAAAGGUGGAAACACCUACGAAAUGUUCAGUAGAAACAUCUAGCAAUAUAUCAACAAAAACAGCAACCUCCAACAUAUCAGUUAAGACGAAGUCCAGCAGUUCCUCCGAAAACACAACGUCAAGUAAAACUCGAAUGAGGACCAUUAAAAGUGCAUUCGUUGGUAAACCCGCUAUCUCUAGAAACAACGCAAGAGCAGCGACAGCUAAAGUUAAAAAACAAUCUCCACCAGUGCCUAAAGAUAGAGAACAAGGGGGAGAUUAUUUGAUAGAAAUUUGCGGCCGACAUUUAAAUGUAUAUGGACAAGGAGCGUUAAGAUUCAUAGAUAAAAAUUGGAAUAUGACGAAAGCACAUGACGUAACUACUAUUAAUUUUAAUUACGUAAAUUUUGCGAGUAUUGUUGGGGUUCUAUAUCGUUUAAAGCAACGAUUUCCUAAUAUUGACAAUUUCGUGUUUAAAGAGACGAAUAUUUCAGUAUUGGGACAAUUAAAUGCUUUAGCUGAAGUACAGGGAUUAGGGAUGUUGUGUAUAGAGCCUGAGGGGAACCCCAUCUGUGAGAAGGAUUGGCGUAGUUAUGCUAUCUAUCGUCUUGCACAUUGGGGACUUCGAACUAUCAACGGCCAAGAUGUUUCAGAUGAGGAAAUCACGGCAGCAAAUGAAGAGUAUCAAGGGCUUAGCGAUCUAGUCCUCUGGUCAUUACCAGAUAUUCUUUUACAGCCACUGCUGGAACGACUGCAUAUAGAUGUUAAUCAGGGGGAAGUCGAGUAUAAUCCUAAAAAAUGGCUCAUGUCUGCGGAUCCGGCUCUACGGAUGGUAGUUAGUAAAGAAGCGUUACAGUGGAAAAAAGGUGCAAUAUCACAGGAAGACCUACAACUUCGUCAAAAGGCCAAACAGCACAUUUCAGCAUUGUUGGAUGAAAUGAAUAGUGCAGCAAUGAAGCUAAAAUUAUUGGAUCCGGAAUGGCCGAAUAUUUUACAGGAGUUGGUGCGUAAUACUCUGUUGGAUUAUUCCCAGAUGGAUUUGUAUAUGAAACAAAAAAUGCAAGAACUGAUGAAACAAUAAUCCACUGCCCACUAGAGAUUUUUAAUUUUAGGUGUACAGUACCUACCUUGAACUCACAUGUUUCUAUGAUGUAAAUCUUACAGUUCCUAUAAAAGAUGUAAUUUAAUCUAUAUUGCAUGUAACGAGUAGAUUAUUAUUAAUUUUCACUGCCCUUAAUGGUGAUUCAUUAUAAAAAAUUGGAUGUACAAAUUUACUGCAAGUCAAAAUUAGCUUUAAUUUUAAUAAUAUUGAAUAUUGCGUUGGCACAAAAUGUCUUGACCUGAUCAGAAUUAUUUGUACUAUUUCAUAGUUAAUAAAAUAAAUGAUUUUUAAAUAUU